GGUACAAUAUUUUCGGUUCUGUAGGACAGGAGUGCAAUCUGAAAUUCUUUAUAUAGUUGCCGCGACAACUUGCUUGAUCUGCAGGCGAAUAAUUGUGUAUGAAUUAAAUAGGAAGGAUCGGAUUUCUGCAAUAAUUUGGACUCGAUACGAAGAUUUAGCGAAGAUCGAGCAUGGAAAUUUUAGGCGUAAAAUUUGCACCGUUAAAUGUACCUCUACAAAGAAGACUACAAACGUUAACUGCCGCGAUAUGGAUAUUCAUCACCCUUUUCGGUGCUUUUUGGGGUUACAUAAUCACGGCUUAUCUUCUACUCUACACAGAAACAAUACGUUACUUCCUGGUACCGUACUUCCUUUGGAUGUAUUACGAUUGGGACACCUGCUAUCGUGGCGGUAGAAGUGAAUUAUGGACAAGAGUGGUGAAAAAGAACGUAUUCUGGCAUUAUUUUUGCAAUUAUUUUCCGUUAAGAUUAGUGAAAACGGUGGACUUAAAUCCCAAUAAGUCUUAUCUUUUCGUUUGUGUACCUCAUGGUAUUUUCUCGAUGGGGAUAAUUAGUUCAUUCGGAACGGACGCAUUGGAUUGCAAGAAGCUAUUUCCCGGACUUGAAAUACGUCCAAUUACUCUCGAUCAACACUUCAAAGUACCUCUGUUCAGGGAAUAUGUUUAUUCCUUAGGUUUCUGCGCUUCUAGCGUGAGAAGUAUCGAGUAUUUAUUAUCAACACCGCCGGAAAGCCCGUAUACAGGAAAAGCUACAAUUCUUAUUGUCGGUGGUGUUUCCGAAAUGAUGGAAUCUACGCCAGGCACUUAUCGUAUUCUUUUGAAAAGAAGAAAAGGCUUCAUAAAAUUAGCAUUAAAACACGGUACAUCAUUGGUUCCUGUCUUCUCCUUUGGUGAAACGGAUUUAUACAAUCAAAUAUAUCGUCCAGAAGGAUCGACUUUUAGACGUAUACAGAAUCAUAUUCGCAAUCUCAUUGGCGUACCACCCGUCGUUUUCUCGGGCAGAGGGUUCUUUCAAUAUUCAUUUGGCCUUAUUCCGAAGCGAUUACCUGUCACCGUAGUCGUGGGCAGUCCUAUCGAACUGCCGAAAAUAACGGACCCCACGCCUGAAGAAAUUGACAUACAUCAUGAAACAUUCAUCAAACAUUUGGUUGAACUCUUUGAGACGCAAAAGCACAAUUAUAUAAAAAAUUCAGAAAAAGUUACUCUCGAACUCAACGUAUAAUGCGUAUAACUUUUUCUGCAUUUUUUAUAUAAUUGUGCUUUUGCGUCUCAAAGAGUUCAACCAAAUGUUUGAUGAAUUUGUCAUGAUACGUACGUGUCAAUUUGGUGAAACUGGCCUUUAGAGAGAUGCAAAAAGUUUCACAAAGAGGGUGAUCUGAAUUAGCAUCUUAAGGGGACCGGGAGGGUCAGAUUUCCAGAAAAUCAUGCUUGUUUUUCGAAAUAUUUUGACAAUAUUUUGACAACAUUUUAACAAUAUUUUGACAAUAUUUUGUGACAAACCAAUUAAAUGUGCGCGAAAGUAAAAGAGGUAUAUUAUACAUAUAAACACUAACAUAUAAAAAGUAGAAAAAAAUAUAUUUUUUAUAUUAACAAAUACGCAUAUAAAUAUAUGAUGUAUAUGGUUGAAGUAAAUACCGCUUUUCUUUUCAAGAUCGUCGUUUUGCAAUAAUAUCUCGGCUCUCGGUAGUCUGAUCAAGGCGAAUUUUAAUUAGAAAUCUUGAGGAAGCUUAUCAUUAUCCGAUAAAUUACUACAAGAAACAAUAAAUCGAAUAAAAAUUGACAAAAUGGCAGUUAUUAUUAAGAAAAAAUUCAAUUUUUUCUGUCCUUUUACAAUAAAAAAAUUAAUAUCUCAAAAUAAAAUAUAUUUACGGGCUUGUCCAUGAUUCACCUGAGAGCCAGAUGAACGAACAUUGCUUUAAAAUUAAAAUUAAUUUGAAGCUUAGUUUCAGAGAAAUCACUGCAAAAAGUUACAAAGUAAAACUUGGAGAAAAGCGCGUUUAAAUGCGAUUUACACAUCAAUUAAUCAUACUUUAAUUAUGAUACUUACUUACUUUAAUUAAUGAUACUUACUUUAUACAAAAAACUAUUAGAUAAUAAUUUCAAAAAAUAAAAUUUAAAAAAUUGAAGAUUUGACUCUCCAGUCCCCUUAAUGCAUCUAAGUUAUGUGCAUUAUAUACACAUAUGUAUAAGACUGUGCGUAAACAACAAAAUGUUACAUUUAUCUAAAA